AACUCGGGAGGCACCGAUCCUACCUGACAAUCAGUUUCCAUCCGAGGCUUCGCUUUAGAGUCCUGUGUUACAUCCCUGUAUUUCGUCUGAAAGAAGAGUAACAAGCCUGCGCAGGCUACGCGCUGCAUCUAACCGGUUAUAUUACUGACAUGCUGCUCGCGAUCGGCUGCAGCAGGUGGUCAUCGUAACUUAAACUCUCGAACAUCGCCGAUCGGGCCUUUUAUCGGCAUCGUAUCACAGAUGCAGUGUUGAUAUAUUCCUACAUCGCGAAACUAUAACAAUUGUUUUAUCGGCUACGUGAUUGAAUAAAAAUUAAAAGACAAAAUGAAGAUGUUCAAAGUGAUUGGAGUUAUUCUACUGGUCGCGGGGAUCGUUGCCGGCGAAAAGGAAGAGGAACAACUGAAUGGAAAGUCUCGCGGAAAGAGGCAGCAGAUUAUGUUCUACCCUAGGCGGGGUCCGCGCCCGCCUCCUUACGCGGUCCAGAUGGAACCGAUCGUUCAAUACUCCCAAAGAGAUCCGCUCUACAAUCCUCUGGCGAGCGCGAAGAGCGAUGAUUCGGGAUACGACGAGUCGCCGCCCAUCGGAUACUACCAAAGUGAACCCGAACCGAUCAUCGAAAUCAUCAUCAAGGAAUCCAACGAGAGCCUACCAACCCCCGCACCUCCUCCUUCGCCACCACAACCGAGACCGACCAAAGAACCGAUUCAGGUAUUUUACGUCAAAUACGAAAAGAAAAAAGGACACGGGGACGAAAAGUCGCGCGUCAUUUACGAGACUCCUGUACCCGCGUUGACACCUGUCGAGGAACACGAGGAGAUACAACCCGAUCACUCGGAGUAUCACGAAGAAUCGGGUCGUGCAGCGGCUGCCUCGCCGGCACCCCCACUCGAACCAUCCACCACUCUGAGAACCGUGAUCAGACCUGAUAGCGAAGUUUAUCACGCUGGAAGUAGCGGCAUAAGGGUAACUUUUGGAACCGAACAAGUGCCUCCCAAUCAACAUAAUAAAAGGAGCGACAGGGAUCAGGACAGACCAUCGUUUUCCCCGCAUAUUCUGCCCCCCGUAGGAUUACCGAAGAGACAACACGGGCCUUAUCAACCUGUGCAACCCCUACCACCCCAGGCCUACAAUAUUCAUCAACAUCGGGGACCUCCGGUGCUCGCACAACAGAGAGUCGUCAACUCGUUCCCGAGUGUCCAGGGAAAUUUGGGCAACACAUUUUCUCAACAACAACAAUUCCAGCAGAUUCAACAGGUUCGCAAUGCGGGACCAUCGGGCGGAAGACCCCAGAGAUUGCCCAUCACCAUUCAAGGACUUCCGGAAGUUCAACAACGCAUUCCGUUUAACUCGUAUAGCCCCCAGCAUCUCAGGGUCAAUAUUCAGCAGCAGCAACCGGCUGUCGGAGCUCGUCAUCAGAGUUUAAUACAGCUGCAGAAUCAACAGCAGCAAACCCAGAACAAUGGGUUCCACGUUGAUCAACAACAGCAACAGCUGCAGCAGCAGCAGCAGGUUUUGAAACAGCAGGAAUUAGAUAAAGCACGAUAUUACGAACAGAGGAGACAACAGGAUUUGCUAAGGCAACAGGAACAGCAGAGGCAAAGAGAACAACAGCAGAGACAAAAACAACAACAACAACAACAACAACAACAACAACAGCAGCAACAGCAGCAGCAACAGCAACAGCAGCAACAGGAGCAACAACUGAGAAUUCAGGAACAGCAGAAAAGACAACAGGAAAUCGAACAAAAACAAAUACUAGAGCAGCAGUACAGACAGCAGUUGAAAUAUAGUCAGCAACAGUAUCAGCAGAUCGCUCAACCCCAGCAACAGUUCAAACCUUCUGAGUCUGACAGACCUGGAGGAGAAAUUUUGAAAGCUGUGCCUAAGCUCGAACAGCAUUACGCGAUCAGGGAAAACCCUUUACACCCUGGACCUUUCCCUCCUAAUCCCCAACAGGUGCAGAUAAUUCCUGGGAUAAAUCAGGGACAGUUUGUGCCAAGUCAAACACCUACUACGAUUGAUAGUCUACAAAAUUUUCAGAGGCAACGUCAGGGAGGGUUUUCAGGAAUUGUCAGCGACAAUCAGCAGCAGCAGCAGCAGUUGAGCAACGCUGUCACAGCGUCGAGUCAACAACAGGUUUAUCAAAAUCCACAGCAAUUUUUCUCUCAGAAUCUACCCGCCCCACAUCAACAGCAAAUCUCGACUUCCUCUUCUUCUGGCUCUUCUUUGUCUUCAUCUUCCUCGAUUUGGGGCCGUCCCGUGUUCUCGGGUCAGAAUUCUAAUUCAGAUUUGAAAAUUUACGCAACCCCUACGAGCAAUGUUGCUGAUCCUCAGACGCGUCAACCUCCGAGCACGGCACCUCGCACCAUCGCACCUUCAACUACCGUCAGCCCUGAACCACGGUCCCCCUCUACUACCCCAGCGACGAUAUCGACGACUAAUUCGCCAAAGAACGAGGCAAAGAUAAAAGCAAAUAUUGCUAAUCUUCCCGACGAAGUUCCCGACGAUAUCAGGGAGCAGCUGUUGAGUUCUGGAAUUCUAGGUAACGCCGAUAUACAGAUACUGGACUACGACAAGGUCGGCGAUAUCCCGAUUGAGAAUUUGCCACCGGAAGCUCUUGCUAAUUUCUAUGGAGCUGGAGGUGCGUCCGCUGCAGCUAGCGAACCGAUUCCAUCGGUGGUUAAGAGACCGAAGAUCGUAAGGAAUGACGACAAAUUAGUAACCAAGAAAACGCCCAAGGUAGAACAAGCUACUCUGAGACCAGGUGGCGUCGAAAUGAAAGUGGUACACUUUGACCCGAAUACGGCACAAGGCCAGGCGAUAGCUGACCAGCACAUACGAGAGGAUGCUACUCAUCUCGAUCCGGUCAAGAUUGGGCCUAAGGACAGUUCGCGGUACAAUCGAUACCUUCCGUUGAAGGUGAGCGGGGCCGCAUUUCCGCUACCAGAUGUACCGGAGCUUAACGGUAGAAAAAUAACCAGCGUUGUCGUCCUCGCACCCGUUGACUACAACUUUCAAGGGGAGAGAGAUCAGCCCGAGGGAACUGACGAUGUACACCGCAAAGGAAGAAAAAUUAACGACGUUCAAUCGGUCAGGUUUUUAGCUGGGGAUGCCCUGAAGCAAGUCGUUAAAAAACCAAGCGCUGAAAAUUAUAAAAAAUGGCUUGAACAGGAAAGUCAAGCUGAUCCUCAGAGGCAGUCGGUCGUCUUACUCGUCACUGCACCCGUCGACGAUGUGAAGGGUGAGAAAGAGAUAUUCAUGUACGACGUGACUACGCAAGCUGUCAGUAAAUUGGCAGGAGAUUUGUCAACUGCAUUCGUCGACGUCGCCGAAAGUAAUUCGGGAAGUGAAGACGCUCAGACGGAUAUCCAGGAUGCAUCAUGAACUGUUAAUUUACAAGAUAUUUUUUCAUGCUACUAGCAUAUCAAGUACAGUUAAUCGUCUACCGGCUGAUUUACGAAAAGAAAAAAAGAGUAGAAAUAGAAUUCGAUAAUCAAAUUGAUAUGAGUUCGCGAAUAUCGGUGCCAAAUUUAUCACUGGAUCGCAUUAACGAGCGAUAUGUAGAUAUCUUAAUUUGUAUAUAUAUACUACAUUUUUUACAAGUAGAUACAUAUAUAUAUAUUUUUUUACAAAAUAAAGAAUAAUUUUUUUAUACGCAA